CCGUGUGGCCGAGCAGACCGUGCUGCAUGAUGGGAAACUGAUGGACGAUACACACCCUAGCAACACAUACGUAAACAUUGGUUACAGCGGCGUAUAAAGCAGUAAAGCAAAUAAAACAAUUAUAGCCUGUUAAAAGAAGGCAGAAUGCAGGCAGAUGACGUAAGAUAUUUAAAGAGGAAAGUCAAGGGAGGAAGUCUGGAUGUCCAUCCCACAGAGAAAGCCCUUAUUGUCCAGUAUGAAGUGGAAGCGACUGUUAUGGGAGAAAUGGGCCCCAUGCUUGGAGAACGCAAGGCGUGUCAGAAGAUCGUUCGUCUGAAAAGCCUUACCGCCAGCACGGAUAUCGGCUCUCUGGCUCGGAAAGUGGUGGAGGAAUGCAAACUCAUCUCACCCUCCAAGAUCCCGGAAGUGGAGCGACUGCUCUCCUACCUGCAGAACCGCAAGUCACCUACAGAGAAAAAAGAGAAGAAGCAGAUAAAGCCACGAGAUCCUGCUCCGUUUGAAGGCAUGGAGCUGGACGAGGAGGCCAACAUCAACAGCAUCGAAGACUACGUGGAGCUGCUGUACGAGGACGUUCCAGGGAAAAUCCGAGGAGCUACGCUGAUUCUGCAGCUGGCUCGUAAUCCUGACAACCUGGAGGAGCUGCUUCAGAACGAGACGGCUCUGGGAGCCCUGGCCCGAGUACUGAGGGAGGACUGGAAGCAGAGCGUAGACUUGGCAACCACCAUCAUCUACAUCUUCUUUUGCUUCUCCAGUUUCAUCCAGUUCCACGCACUGAUCACUCACUAUAAGAUCGGCACUCUUUGCAUGAACAUCAUGGAGCACGAGUUGAAGAGGUACGACCUGUGGCAGGAGGAGCUGCAGAAGAAGAUGAGAGCUGGGGAGGAAGACCCCGAGAACCAGAAUCUGAAGAAAGAGUACGAGAAAUCGCUGAAGAAGUACCACAGCCUGCUGAUCAAGCAGGAGCAACUGCUCAGAGUGUCUCUGUAUCUGCUGCUGAACCUGUCUGAGGACACGCGCAUAGAGCUGAAGAUGAGGAACAAAAAUAUCGUGCAUCUCCUGGUGAAAACCCUGGACCGGGAAAGCGAGGAGCUGCUGGUGCUCGUCGUGUCCUUUCUUAAGAAGCUCAGCAUCUUUCUGGAGAACAAGAACGAUAUGGCUGAAACGGACACCGUGGAGAAGCUGGCUAAGCUGGUCCCCUGUGAUCAUGAGGAUCUGCUGAACGUCACGCUGCGUCUCCUCCUCAACCUCUCCUUCGACACAGGCCUCCGCAGCAAGAUGGUGCAGGUGGGCCUGCUGCCCAAACUCACCGCCCUGCUAGGAGACGAAGCACAGAAGCACUUAGCCAUGCGCAUACUGUACCAUAUUAGCGUGGACGACCGCUUCAAGUCCAUGUUCGCCUACACAGACUGUAUUCCGCAGGUGAUGAAGAUGUUGUUUGAUUGUGGCGAGGAAGGAGUAGACCCGGAGCUCAUCUCCUUCUGCAUCAAUCUGGCAGCCAAUAAGAGAAACGCACAGCUCAUCUGUGAAGGUAAUGGACUGAAGAUGCUGAUGAAGAGAGCGUUCAAGCUGAAGGAUCCACUGAUGAUGAAAAUGAUCCGGAACAUCUCCCAGCACGACGGAUCGUCCAAAAACUUAUUCAUUGAUUACGUCGGAGACUUUGCAGCUCAGAUCGGUCAGAACGAGGACGAGGAAUUCGUGAUCGAGUGUUUGGGCACGCUGGCGAACCUCACCAUCCCUGACCUAGACUGGGAGCUGGUGCUUAAAGAGUACAAUCUGGUACCUUUCCUGAAAGAGCAUCUCAAACCCGGUUCUGCAGAAGAUGACCUUGUGCUGGAGGUGGUGAUCAUGAUCGGCACGGUCUCUAUGGACGACUCCUGCGCCGCCAUGUUAGCCAAAUCCGGCAUCAUCCCUGCUCUUAUAGAGCUGCUCAAUGCCCGACAGGAGGAUGAUGAAUUUGUUUGUCAAAUCGUAUACGUCUUCUACCAGAUGGUGUUUCACCAGGCCACUCGAGACGUCAUUAUAAAGGAGACCCAAGCUCCAGCUUACCUCAUCGACCUGAUGCACGACAAGAACGCUGAAAUUUGCAAAGUGUGUGACAACACACUGGAUAUUAUAGCCGAGUACGAUGAAGAAUGGGGGAGGAAGAUCCAAAGCGAGAAGUUCCGAUGGCACAACUCUCAGUGGCUGGAAAUGGUAGAGAAUCGGCAGAUGGACGAAGUCGAACCUUUCUUGUACGGAGAUGAAGGAGAGCCCUUUCUACAGGGAGCAGACAUCCUGGAGAGGCCAGACCUCUUCUACAGUGCAGAUGGAUUAAUCCCCGCAGAUGCUGCCCUCAGUCCAGACUUCUUCACAGACUUUCAGAAUGGAGACUACGUCGCCUCACAGGGUUUCCCUGGCAGCGCCGUCUCAGAGAGAUACGCUCAGGGGCCAGGAGGAUCCAUGCGGCCUGCCACAGCCUACGGCUUCCGUCCCGACGAGCAGCAUUACUACGGCUACUCCACGUCACGGUAGAGCAGGGCGAGUACAGAUCGUCAUCAUAUUCUCAUUAAGCAGAGUCGACACUCAUAGCAUUAUUUAUUUGUCCCAGUAUAAACUUGCUGCUUUGAUGAAGUUGUUUGAAAUGCAUUCAGUAUGUAGUACAGAUGUAGUUGAGCUCCAGUGUGUUUGUUCUACAUUUAUAUACUACAUGUCUCCACAUUUCAGGAGCCCUUUUCUUUUUAUUGCAUGAAGUAUUAAACACGUAGCUUGUUUAUUUUUUCAUUGCAGCUCUUAGGAUUCAUUGCAUGACAGAGUUCAAGUUUAGUGUAGUUGCACACUGAACCUACAGUCCAUCCAUCACUGAAUCUCACACACACUUAAACACUCAGGCGUUUGAGACACUUCCCAAAGUGUGUGUGCUUGUCAGAAUAUUUGACCGUUAGCUAAGGUCUUACAUUGAAUUAUUUAUUGAAUUGUAUAAAAAAAAAGUAGUGAUGCUUUUUAUCAGUCUCCUGACCAGCUGCCCGGCAGCUUACGACUGUGCACUGUUUAUUGUUUUGCUUUUUCUAAAUGAAAACUUUUGUAUGUGUGAAAUUUUAUUUCCAUGACAGUUUUAUGUUUUCCAAAUUCCAUUCAUUUUUUUUACAUUCUCAGUUUACACUAAAUUGAUGUGCUUUGUUUUUCGGUGCCUGUGGAUUGUCUUAAACUGCUGUUUUAUACACGAUGUCUGUUAUUUCUGUGGUGCAAUAUUAAAUCAAUCAAAUAUGAA